GGGGCGCCCGCGGGGGAGGGGGCUGGGCCGGCCCGGCCCCGCCCCGCCUGGUUUGUGGCGCCGCGCCAGGCCGGGGCCGCGGAGUUUGAUUCCUCCCCCGGCGCUUAUGCAAAUCUCCCGGCAGCAGGAAGCGACCGCCAACUCCGCAACUGCCCCGAGCGCCCGUGGCUGCGCAGGGAGCGGGCGCGGACAGACGCCUUCCCCGCGCCGGCGGCUCCCGCACUCGCGCCACCGUGGAGCCCGGGACAGAAAUAUGGGAUGUAUAAAAUCAAAAAGGAAAGAGAACCUGCCUGGAGAUGGGCUAGAUUUGAAGAACCAACCAGUACGUAAAACUGAACGAACUAUUUAUGUGAGGGAUCCAACGUCCAAUAAACAGCAAAGGCCAGCAAAUACAGACACACAACUUUUACCAGGUCAGAGGUUCUGUAAAGCAGAAGCAGAGGAACAUGGGAGCAUUGUAGUAGCCUUGUAUCCUUAUGAUGGUAUUCAUGAAGAUGAUUUGUCAUUCAAGAAAGGAGAAAAAAUGAAAGUUCUUGAGGAGCUAGGGGAAUGGUGGAAAGCUAAAUCCCUCUCAACGAAAAAGGAAGGUUUCAUUCCAAGCAACUAUGUAGCAAAAUUAAACACUUUGGAAACAGAAGAAUGGUUCUUCAAAGAUAUAACCAGGAAAGAUGCAGAAAGACAACUCUUAGCUCCUGGAAACAGUCCUGGAUCAUUUCUUAUCAGAGAAAGUGAAACAUUAAAAGGUAGCUACUCUCUUUCCAUCAGGGACCAUGAUCCACAGCAUGGUGAUGUUAUUAAGCACUACAAAAUUAGGAGUCUAGACAAUGGAGGAUAUUACAUCUCUCCAAGAAUUACUUUUCCUACCAUCAACGACAUGAUCAAACAUUACCAAAAGCAGUCAGAUGGUUUAUGCAAAAAACUGGAAAAAGCAUGUAUUAGCCCUAAACCCCAGAAACCUUGGGAUAAAGAUGCAUGGGAGAUUCCACGGGAAUCAAUUAAGUUAGUGAAAAAACUUGGAGCUGGUCAGUUUGGAGAAGUUUGGAUGGGCUUUUAUAACAAUAGUACAAAAGUUGCUGUGAAGACUUUGAAGACUGGAACAAUGUCAGUGCAAGCAUUCCUGGAGGAGGCCAACCUCAUGAAAACGCUUCAGCAUGACAAGUUAGUCAGGCUGUAUGCAGUAGUCACCAAAGAAGAACCUAUUUAUAUAAUAACAGAAUUCAUGGCAAAAGGCAGUUUGCUGGAUUUUCUGAAGAGCGAUGAAGGAAGUAAAUUGUUUCUUCCAAAAUUAAUUGACUUCUCAGCUCAGAUUGCAGAGGGAAUGGCGUACAUCGAAAGAAAAAACUACAUUCAUCGAGAUUUGAGGGCAGCCAAUGUUCUGGUUUCAGAUAUGCUCAUGUGCAAAAUAGCUGAUUUUGGAUUAGCCAGAGUAAUCGAAGAUAAUGAAUACACAGCAAGGGAAGGUGCAAAGUUCCCUAUAAAAUGGACAGCACCAGAGGCAAUUAACUAUGGUUCCUUUACAAUCAAGUCUGAUGUGUGGUCUUUUGGAAUUCUCCUGUAUGAAAUUGUUACUUAUGGAAAAAUCCCUUAUCCAGGUAUGAGUAAUUCUGAUGUCAUGGUGGCUCUUCAACGUGGGUACCGGAUGCCACGUAUGGAUAACUGUCCAGCUGAGCUCUACGAUGUCAUGAAAACAUGCUGGAAAGAUAAAGCAGAAGAGAGGCCAACAUUUGAUUAUUUACAAAGUGUCCUGGAUGACUUCUACACAGCAACAGAAGGGCAGUAUCAACAACAGCCAUAGGACAUUUUUCUAGUUGGCAUAGACUGCUGUUUGGACUAAUGGAUCAGGCCAAUUAUUUCAUACACUUGGAUAUAUUAAGUCUGGCUCCUGAAACUGAAGGCUGUAAUUCCACAAGAAAAACCAUUUUACAGAGAAAUAACCAUAUUUUUCUAUGGUUAAUUGAAAUGUUAAUCACGCUGAAGUUCUCUUUAGUUGCACUGUCCGUAUUUACCUUUCUUAAUAAAGCACCCAAACAAGACAAACUUUGGAAAAAUUCCCACCAAAUAAGUUUACCACGCAUGCAGCUGGAAACAGCAUUUGGUGAAUCUAAUUGAUGAGACACCCUAUAGGAAUAAUAUGAAGGAUGAAGGCAAAUAGGUUUUUAUGAAAGGAAGAAUUUGAGAAAUCAGGAUUUCUUUUGCUCCCUUUGAAAUAUAGUAUGUUGUGAAAACUUAUUUUUAUAUCCUUUGGUUAUUUCACAUGAGUAGCUGGAGUAUUCUCUGGUUGUUAGACAUUUUCUAGGAUGUAAUCAUCACCUUUAAAAAAAGUCAAAUGUAAUUCUUUAUACUUAAAUUAAUUGGUUGACACCUCUUGCUAUUACAUUUUGAAAAGCAUCUUAAUUUCCAUCAAAUGAGACACACCUGUGAUAUUGUAAAAUUGCACUAUAACAGUGUAUUGUGCUCAAUCUGCCAGAAAAGGCAGCACACUGUUUUGAAUUAAUAGAGACACUUUUAUGCAUGGAACUAUCUGCUCAAACUAUCUUUUUCCAUCCUGGAUGUGUUCUUGUAACUGAAAGCAAAGACAAUUUCCUCUGGUUUUUGAAAAGAACAAGAUCUGGUAACUAUGCAUGUCACAAACAUGGCUUCAUUAGUAUCUUAGCAGCAUUUUUUAAAGUUAUAGAGUAGUAUGCCUAGCCUUUUUGCCACUGCAGCUGAUUGAACUGAAACCCAUUUUAAAAAUAAUUACCCCAGAUUGUCACAGCUUACAAGUUCAUAGCAGUAGUGGUCAACCUCUGGCCUGUGGAACAUUUGACCUGUGAAUCCAUGUCAUCUGGCCUGUGUGGCUUCCUAGAGCUCUGGAAGUUUGGUUGCAAGGGAUUAGUGGUAUUGUUAACUGCAGCUUCCUUGUAAAAUUUCCAGACCUAGAGAGAGCCCCCAUGCACUGGGGUUCUGCUUUCAGUUUCUGGUUAUAAAUUAGUAAUUGCUUAGUACCCAAUGGUGUUAACAAGUAACCCAGUCUUCACUAAUAGGAUAUGUAUGAAGUUGUACUUAAGGGCACCAUUCACAGUUAUGAUUAAGGUGGAAAGCAAGAAAAGUGCAAUUGUAGUGCAGCUACACUGUGACUAGCAUCUCUUUUAUGAAGUGCAGCUAGUUCUUAAACCAAAACCUAGAUUUUUUUUGUGCAAGUUUAAGCCAAAUAGUAUCUAGAGCAAACUUUUUAAAAAGAAAAAGCUAACUAUCCAUGCGGCUUUAGUGUUUCUGCUGUCUGAAUACAUUCAUCCUUAUAAACAUUCAUUGCUUUUUUUGAUUAAAGUAUACUUUUUUCAAUUUCUGAAUGAAGGAAGCUAAUAUCUGAAGUUAAUGAAUCAGUCUUUCAGCUAAACUAUGUAAAUAUUGUUUAUUGUAUGUUGAUUUUUUUUAUUUUAAUAAACAAACACUUUAAAUUGAAAA